GAAGCGGAGGUCUAUUGCGCCUCCCGUGAUGUGCAAAUGUGGUGUUGAAGCUAGCUACGGCCUAGUUCCUUCAGGUCUUGGGAUUGGCCACUUCUGUGGCCACAUGAUCGACUAUGAUGAGAGCACUCAGAAAUGCAAAUGGGAAUCAUCUGAUGAUGUGUUUAAGUUCAAAGAUGAAUAUAAGGCAAGAGUAGCAGUUCGCAAGACGAGAGGUUAUCCUGCAAACUACGUCACUGAUUUUGUGAAGGACCAUAAGAAGAAAAUGCUUGCAUUCGCCCAGGAGUUGCGUGUUCGUAACCCUGCGAGUAUUGCAUGGAAGAAGUGGUCCGAGGAGAGGGAAAAGGAGAUAGAGGAGUACCGUGCAAGCAAGGCUGAAGAGCAUGCAAGGAAGGCUGCGGAGGAGGCUGAGCGAGUUGAGAUGCAAUGCUUGAACGAUACUAUUGCCUCAUUAUGUGCUAAGAUUGGAUGCACCGGAAACUGGCAAGCAGAUGUGGGCCGUGCUAAGUACGCGGAGAAUAUGAUAUUAGGGCGGGACGGUGCAGUUGGUGGCACUGCUAGCCGUCCGAUUGUGGUCAAAGAGGAGGCCGAGGCGGAGGAAGACGACGACACCGGAAGGAUAGGCGACCUCAUUCGUCUUGCCGAGGAAUUGGGGUACCCUCAGGAGGAGCAUGACUAUGAAAUGGGAAGGAUAGGCGACCUACUUCGUCUUUCAGAGGAGGGUGAGGCGUCAGGGCCGAUGCCUGUCGGUGCCUCAGAGGAGGGUGAGGCUGCAUACCACAACCAGAAGACAUCGGUCUACGACUCAUGGUGGCCAACAGACAUGACCGAGGAAGAGGGACAGUUAUACUCUCAGGCGGCAGAAGAGGCGGAGGCAGCUUACUACGAGAGACAGGCUAGUGAGGCCAAGGCAGCGGAGGCGAGCAUGGGUAAGGAGGCUGUAGUGGACGAUUGGGAGUCCGAGGACGAGUUGCUUACGCAGUGGUGCACGCAGUUUGAUUGA